AUGCUUGACAAACUCGUUGGCCUCGCCAUGCUCGUGGCUGCCACCGUCGUAUUCCUCUACUACACCAUCUGGACGCUUCUCAUGCCCUUUGUCGACGAUGACCACCCGCUCCAGAACUUCUUCCUCCCGCGCGUCUGGGCCAUCCGCAUCCCCGUUAUCCUUAUCCUGCUAGGCUCAGCCGUCGUCGGCUCGUUCCUCGGCAUGGUCAUGAUUCGAAGCAACCGCAAGAAGGCGGCCAAGGCCAAGGCUGCUGGGAAGAAGAAGGCGUAA